GAAACUUGUAAUAAAAUCCGGGAGGAAUGAAUUUCACAAGGUCACGAGUUAUAUGAAAUGCUCACUGGUGUGCCUGAAAAUUUGAAAUCAGUUGUCCAUGAUCUUAUUAACAAAAUCACGUCUGAUAGACGCGAAUCAUGUUCAAGUAGUGCUGUACAGCAGUUCUAUUCUUUCAGCGAAAACCUUUUCACUUGUCACUCAAAGCCAGUGUCGUUGUCAGAAGUUGAAGAAAGGCUGUUUUCGAAACUUCUAGUAGAUGGACGAGACACUGAUUCAGUUAUACUUAAACGCCUUCUGAAGAUUUUGCACAGCUUGCCUUCAGUUAGGCGAAAAGCUGAAAUUUUGGAGUUUUUGUACCUGUUAUCCAAUUACAAUUAUCGACGCAAAACUGAUAUUCGUGAAAAUUCAGGAAAUAAUGGUUCCAGUGGUUUUUAUUCGGACUUGACGUCUCAUCCUUCUCUUCAGUCGAAAUCCAAACCUCCUACUCCAAGUGCAAGAUCUACUCUACGAUCUGUUGACCCGCCAUCCCAUGCAACGCAGGACCACUUGAUUAAUUUAUGGGGUCCACCUGCUGGUGAUACAUUUAAAGUUCCUCUCCCAAGCCAUAACAUUAAUCGUCAUGUCCUUGGUCAACACACCAAGAACUCUCCAGUUCCCAAAGCUCCUAGUCGGACAACGGUUCCAGAAGCUGAUAUCCUCCGUGAAUUAUUAUUUGUAAUGAGCGGUGGGGGUGGGCAUUUAGUUAAACUUAAGGAUACAGUGGAUUCCUUUGAAUUAGUGAUAAGUCCAAAUAUUUCUGAUAGUCAAAAAGAUGCAAUUCGAAGAAUUUCUAUCUGUGGUUGGCUACACAACGGAAUUCAACAGUAUAUAAACUGUGCUCAAAAUAAUCGAUAUGGUGGUGUUAUCUUACAAUGUUUUACUACUGGAUUACAUGAACAUAUGACGGAAUAUUAUAGUCUACUUGCUACUUUAGAAUCUGAAUUGAAUCAAGAGAAACAAAAUUUCAGUGAUCAGCUGAGUCAUUCAGAUCAGGCUAGUGACUAUGCUAGAUAUGCAGACAACGCAUCCGGUUUACUACCUGGUAGAGUUGAUCAUCGUGGUGAUCGUAAUCCAAGCGGUGGAGAUACUACUUCAACAAUUUACAGUCGAAAUACAUCAGCACCAAUGACAACCAGUCAACCAAUGACAUUAACUCGUUUAAUCUUAUGGACUACAGAACCGCGGUUAAGAUUAAGCGUUCUACUCAUUCUGUGCAAUGUUUGUCGUGGUCUUAAAGGCGGUGAAUUAGCCUCUAAAGUCUACGCGCAUACACUUCACGGAGAUCCUGAAGUACAAUCGAUUAUGGGGCAUUUAAUGUCAAAAGUUGCUUCAGGUGUAUUACACUUUAUUAACCAGUGGAUUUAUAAUGGUUAUUUAGAGGAUACAUAUCAAGAAUUUUUUGUUCAAGCUAAUAUGUCUGUAAAAAUCGAUCGAUUAUGGUAUGAUAAGUAUUCACUACGGCUUAAUAUGCUACCGAAAUUUAUUAGCUUGAGUCAAGCAAAUAAGAUCCUUGUCACUGGAAAAUCGGUCAAUUUUUUAGUUCAAGUUUGUGGAGAGAAAGACGGGAUUAAAAAUCAUGAGUCUAUUCGUCGGACACGUCUUACAAAAGCCCAAGCAAUGUAUCAACAAGAUUCGGAUCCUUCCUUCGACCAGAUGUUGUCCACUGUAUAUAAACUGACUAGUCAAUAUUUAGUAGAAACAUUAAUAAAACGUUAUCAUUUCUUGGAUCAUUUAAGGGCUACGAGACAAUUCCUCCUUUUGGGACAAGGCGAUUUUAUUCAACAUCUUAUGGAUUUACUAGAUUCCAGUCUGAAUAAACCAAGUUCACAAAUAAUCUACAGUCGGUUAAGUAGUAUCCUGGAGACAGCUAUACGUGAUACAAAUGCACAAUAUGAACAACCAGAAAUACUACAACGUUUAGAUGUUCGAUUAUUGGAUAUUUCAUCGCCUCAAGAUACUGGAUGGGAUAUCUUUUCAUUGGAUUAUCAUGUUGAUGGACCAUUGGCUACAAUAUUCACUGAUAAUUGUCGAUUUAUGUAUUUAUUCUCAUUUAAUUUUCUUUGGCGGGCAAAACGUAUGGAGUUUACAUUGUGUAAUUUAUGGAAACAACAAUUGUCUACAACACGUCUUGGCAAUAAUCUACAAUUUGAUUUAUCUGUAGUACUACAUUUGCUACAGUUGUUCGGUGCAGAGAUUCGACAUUUUAUUCAACAAUUACAAUAUUAUAUUAAUUUUGAAGUUCUAGAAUGUGCUUGGGAGAAUCUUGUGAAACAAGUCCAUGCUGCUGAAGACUUGGAUGGUGUUGUCAAUGCUCAUCAAGCUUUCCUCUCCAAUGUCUUUACACGAUGUCUACUAGAUGCAGAAUCACGUCAAUUACUUGGUCAGCUGAGGGCGAUAUUCAAUUCCAUAUUAGAUUAUGCUCAAUUACAUCAAGAUUUUAAUAUAACUGCAAUGCAUGAAAAUGAGAAACGAGAGCAGUAUAUAGCUGAGGUACAGCGGUGUACAAAAACUGGUAAAUGGGGAACUAAUCGACUACAAGAAGAGCAAGAGUCUAUUCGUCGGAAAGAAUUUGUCGAUAAUAAAUUGGCUCAUCUACAAGCUCGAAUUCGUAUUCAAGCAGCUGCCUACCGUGCAAAUGUUAUCAAAUUUAUUGAAAUGCUGUUGAAUCAUACAGAUCCAAGUUUACGUUUAUUAGCUGAACAUAUGAAUUUCAAUGGACAUUAUUGCACUUCAACACCAGGAUCAUCAUCUGCAACUGGAUCUGUUACAUCAGGAUAUCCUAUUCCCGUAGCACUUGAAGGAUUAGUAGGCGUAGGAGGCGGCGGCGGGGGUUAUCAACAAAAAUUAAAAUCCCUAACAUCAUCGAUAUCCCCAUCAUCCUCACAACAACAGCAACACCAACAAGAAGUAGGGAAUGCGGAUAAACGACACAAUAAUAUUAUAAUACUAAGAAGUGCUGUGCCAUAUUCUGGUUCAGUAACACCAACUUCUUCAUUGACAGUUGCCUCUAGACAACCAGAAUCAUCAUCGUGUAUAUCGCAGGCGAGUGAUAUUACUUCAAGUCGAAAGAAUUCAAGUGGCUCAUCAGAUGACUACAAAGGUGGGGGUGGUGGUGGAAUUGUUGUUAUUGAAUGAAAAUAUCACAAAAUAUUUUAUACUGGUAAUAAUGUAUUUAUACUUUUUCUAGAAAGAUCUCUAUCUAUCUAUCUCUCUGUCUGUCUGUUUGUCUUUAAGGUGCACAUACACACACACGCACUCAUUCACAUGCUCACUCGCACCCAUUCCACCCCCUCAUUUUGCACAAUACACCACACCACAUUAGAACUUAAUUCUAUUUUGAUUGAAUUCUAAAUGUAUUGGAUUUCUAGUAGUAUAAGAAGAAGAAAUCUUAGAUUUCUGUAUGUGUACAAAUGCAUAUGUGUAUAUCUUUGUGUCUGUUUGUGUGGGUGUGCGUGCGUUUACGCGUGUGUGUGUGUGUGUACUGACGUCUGUUUGUAUGUAGUUUUAUCUUGAAGUGUACUUGUCUUUUAGCUGUUCACAUUCUCACUUAAUAUUCUCUUCAAACACACGUAUACAAUGUUUAAUAAUAUUAAUAUUAUUAUUUUUUUUCUAAUCCGAAGUUUGCUACUAUUUGGUUUAAUGUAGCAUCUUUAUUUUUUGUAUGAUUUUAAUAAUAAAAUAAAAUGCAGAAUGUGUUUAUAGUUCAUUGGUGUUCAAAUUUUUGCUUCUCAGUACAGUACCUUAAUAGGCGUUUGUUUAUGUCACACUCCACACUGUGGUGGAGA